UUUGGAUCAUACUUAAACAUGUGGUAGAAACUUCAUGCUUUGCAUUUGCGUAUAUAUUUAAAAGGGUGAACACAAUCAAGAAAAAUAGUUGAUGUUAUAGAAAAAAAUCUCAAACAUUCUAAAGGAAAGAAUCAAAAAUGAUGAAAAUAGGAAUUAUUAUUUUCAUUUCUGCAUUAACUCUUGUGAUUUCUGAAAAGGACCAAGGAAAAUAUGGGAAUAUCAAUUUGUGGAGAAAAACGUUGUGCGAAAAGCACGGUACUAACCUUGACCGGGACCUUCAACGUUGCAUGGCAUAUGAUGAACCAUUUUUUAAUGCUAAUUGGAGAAACUGCUUUAGAAAAAUACAGCCGAAGGCCAUGGGAUCAUUUCAAAUUUAUCAAGAAAUGGCCUGCAAGGACCCGUCUAUUUACCAUAAAGUUGAUGAAUGCACAAAAAAACAUAAACCUGCACGCUCUGUGAUGAAUAAACCUGCAUUAAAUUGCUUUGAAAAAGUAUUAAAGAAGUACCAUUUGAAUGAACUCUUAAAGAAGUACUUUUCUCAUGUUAACUAAAAAAAAUUAAAAUUCCAUUGAAUUGUUUUGUCAUAGAUUAUAUAAUGUUUAAAAGUGUGCUAAAUGCAAGAUAAAAACUUAUUGUAAAAAUAAAUAAAUACUUAUUCUACCGGACAA